UGGAAAAGUUGGAGGUUCUUACCGCUGUGGAGACUCCUGAUUAAUAAAGAGACUAAGCUAAAGGAAAAUGAAUUGAUGAAUGAGUAAUCUUUGCAAUUUGCCAUUCACAGAGACAAUUAAAACCCUAAUCAUGCUUGCGAUUCUGUUGAUGGCAUCAAUGUUCUGCCAAGGUCUCUCAUUAGUGAGCUAUGGAGACAGCUUCAUCACAGCCUUUCCAGAAAACCUUGGCUUCUUCUAUCCAUUUCCUCUCUGGAACAUCCUGAAAGUCACAGCCCUCUACGACAACACUAAAAUAACCAUCUUACGUACAAACUCACAGCAAGACUUUACUAUUCAGAAGUCAGGGCAAACCUUGCGUGUGUACGUUUCGAACGUUGAAGUAAAUCAACUUGGCUUCUGGGAUUUAUCUGUCAGAGUUACCAGUGACAAAAACAUCACUUUGGUUUCUGUAAGUCAGCGGGGAAUGAGCACUCAAGUCAAUGUCAUUCAGCCCAUAGUAAAUCUCGGCACAGACUAUUGGAUCCCUUUACUGGAUUACCCAGGGUAUCUUGAAACCUUCAAACUGCCUAGUCUGGUCAGUACCGACAUGAGAUACAGCUCAUUCAAGCUACUCAUCAUCAAUGCGGUGAACAGUCAAAACAACAUCAUUGUAGUUAAGAAAACAUCGACCGAUGUUGAAGAAGAGACGUUCAGUAUUGACCCUUACAAGCUGGUUCAGCUUCAGACCAACGGCUCUGUGCUGAGGGUCAAAUCUAGCAGUAAAGUGGCUGUGAUCUUAACCCAUCCAUGUGUGGAAACUGCUGACUGUAACUGUAACAUGAUUAUGAAUCAGAUUCUUCCCGCGGAGUUGCAAGGUCAGAGUUUUAUUGUGCCGUCUGUCUUCAACGUGACCAAGACCAUGUUGCUUUUUACAUCAGAAAACGCCUCCACGUAUUUUCAGAAUGGCAACCAGUUUCAGGCUUCUCCUUCAGCACUUGUGGCGUUUUCAGACCUGCAGGUGUCGCAGCUGGUGAACGUUUCAGACAGAGUGUCCAUCAGACUCAUCAGUCCAGGCUUGGUGGUGGAGAUGAUCUCAGAAAACAGUUUUUCUGCUUGUUUCCUGCUGCAGUUCAAUGGACCGAAUGGCCAGGCUGUGGUGAUUGCGGAAACAGACAGCAAAGAUCAAGUGAGCACAGACAGUGGUAUCCUUCAGGCAUCAGAAUGGACUGCAAUCGCUGGAACAAUCUACUCUUCGACUGUUGUGACCAUACCAGUGCAAUAUGCCACAAUCUGGCAUCCAACCUCAAAGAUAGCUGUGUAUAUGCUGGAACAAAUGGCUGCUAAAAUAUUUUAUGGAUGUCUGGCUUUGCCAAUCUGUGAAAAACCUGAUCUUCAUGGCUGUGUCUUAGCUCCAGGAACAUAUAUAAUUGGACCUGACCUUCUGAAUUGGACGAAGUCGCGUGAGUACUGCGUGGACAAUGUAAACCAGUUUGCCUGUCCUUUAAGUAAAUCCAUCCUGAAAGACAUGGCCGAUACCCUGAGUGCAGGUGACGGCCAGGGCUGGAUCGGUCUCCGUCGCAGUCUGCUAACUACAGAGUGGUACUGGCAAGAUGAGUAUGCAAGCCAAACCACUCUCAGUUUUGUGCACUGGGAUGAUGGUCAGCCGGUGGAUCCUUCACGUGGACUACGUACUUCAGUGUCCCUGGAUCCUACAAAAGGCUACAAAUGGAAAAGUGGACGCUGCUGUGACACGAAGAAACCUGUCUGCUACAAAAGACCAGCGUACCUCAUUCCAACACAAGACUGGUUGGCAAUGUAUAUUUAAAUUUAGAGCUUUUUGUGAUGCUGUUUUAAAUUUUAUUUUACGUCAUUUGUCUUUAUAUUAGGUUUAUUUUAGAUACAUAAAGAAAUUCAGACAGCAGUAAUAAAAUGUAUGUAGAAAAAUUAGCAAAACAAUCGACUUUCAUCUCAGAAAAAUUCAAUUACUAUAACAAAUUAAAAGUAUAUAAAACAUGAUAUAAUUUUUGUCAUGAAUUUCAGUGCAUUAUGCUUUGUAAAAUCAUGCAUGCAGAACAUAAAUUAUUUAUUUCCAAUUUAUUUAAAAUUACUAAUUAUUUAUAAUUUAUUAAAUAUUGGUAUAAUAGUAUAUUAUAAUUAAAAAAAGUUCACCCCUCGCAUCUGUCGAAUUGAUGCUCAAUAGGUGAAAUAAUAAAAGUGAAACACAAGUAGCAGUGCGAUAUGGCUGUAUAUGGA